AUGGCUCUAUCAAAAAAUCUUAAACGAAAAGUUGAGAGCGAAAACAGAAUUUUUAAUGAAGAAUGGACAGAGAAGUAUGCCUUCAUCCUCCCCAGUUUUCUGAAUGCAAAGCCGACAUGCCUGAUCUGUAACGAGGGUGUCUCUGCAUGCAAAGAGUAUAAUAUUAGACGGCACCACGAAACAAAGCAUGCUAAUUUCAAGGUUGCAUUCCCUCCGAAGACAGAGGCACGAAAGCGCACAAUCGAAGCACUUAAAGGUGGUUAUGCGCACAGCAGCAGGAUCCUGGUGCGAGGCCUCACAUCCCAACAGAAGGUAACCAGUGCAUCUCUAAAAGCGUUGUGGGUACUCGCAAAGCACUACAAGCCAUUUGUUGAUGCAGAGGUCUUCAAGGAGAUGAUGGUGACAGUUUUGGAGGAACUGGAUACCGACAAGUCGAUGGAUGGUGUGAUCGGGUCAGUGAAACAGAUGUCCCUCUCUGCAAGAUCGGCUGCCCGCCGCAUAGAAGUGCUGUCGGAUGCAGUGCAGGGUGCAAUUAUCGACGGUGUCAGUCGCGCAAACUAUUUUUCCUUAGCCAUAGACGAGAGCACUGACAAAACAGAUGUAGCCCAGCUGUGCGUUUAUGUGAGAUAUUACGAUGGGAAGGAUUUCAAGGAAGAGCUGCUGUCUCUAAUUCCAUUAGAAGGGCACACCACUGGAGAUGUUAUAUUUCUGAAACUGGAAGAGUUGUUUCAGUUGCAUUCAUUAUCAUUUGAGAUGGUUAACCUAAUCGUGACAGACGGGGCACCUGCUAUGGUGGGAAAGCACAGAGGUCUGGUGAGCAGGCUGAAACAACUCGCCCCCCAAAUCCACGCGCUGCACUGUCUCAUCCACCAAAGUGUCCUUUGUGCCAGACUGAGUGGCGAGCUAAAGGAUGUCAUGGAAAAAGUGAUGAAAAUCAUUAAUUUUGUCAGAGGUACAUCAAGCACCCAGCACAGGCUUUUCCGACAACUUGUAGCUGAAUCAGAAGAUGCCACCCACAAUGACUUGCUGCUUCAAAAUGAUGUGCGCUGGUUAAGCAAGGGAAAAUCGCUGGAUCGCUACUACGAGCUACUGAAUGAGAUCAAGGCGUUCCUUGGAAUGAGCAAGAGCAAAGCAGCAGCUGACCACCUUAUACUGCUGGAAGAUGAAAACUUCAUGUCCAAUGUAGCGUUUUUAUGUGACAUAUUUGGUCACUUAAACAAGCUGAACCUUCAGCUACAGGGAAAAGACAAAACCAUCGUGGACAUGGUUGAAAAGCUGGAGUCAUUCACGAGGAUGCUGGAGAUGUUUGAGGCAGACAUAUCCACCAACAGGCUCCUACAUUUCAGCACCCUGAAGAGGACAGCGGGAAAAGUGACGGAGCUGAUGGUUGACUUCAUUAAGAGGCUACGAGACAACUUCACUUCUCGGUUUGAUGACUAUUCCAUCCCAAAAGACAUCAUUGACUUUAUACGUGACCCCGCAGUAAAACCGGCCGACAACUUCUCCUCCCUGGCAAAAGAAACGAUCCCCUCUUUAGAUCAGGCUGCGCUGGAAAUGGAAAUUAUUCAUUUCCAAACAACCUCAGUUGUGCGAGAUGCGUUAAGAAGUGCGGAGUCUGUGUGGGGCUUUUGGGUAGGCCUACCAUGCUCCGAGGAAUACAGCAACCUCAAGACAAUCGCACUUUACACUCUGACCAUGUUCCCCUCCACCUACGUGUACUAUGUUUGA